CAAUCUCCAAAGGAAAGGGAACGAAAGGGGAAAACUUUAGACAAAGCGAGAGUAAAAAAAAAGAGACGAGGAGAAAUCGCAGAUCGCCAUGGCUUCUCGCGGGCCGCCUCCGUCGUCGUCCUCAUCCGGAUCCGUGACCGUGACGAUCGACCCCUCCCCUUCCUCCUCCUCCUCCUCCGCCCCCGCGGCCGCCCCGCCGCCGCCGGAGACGGUGGUGCUGCGGCUGAAGCGGCGGGCGAAGAAGAAGGUCUCCUGGAAGGAGGGGACCGUGGACAACGAGUCCCUCGGCCGCAAGAGCUCCAAGAAGUGCUGCAUCUUCCACAAGGAGGUCCCCUUCGACGAGGACUGCAGCGACGACGAGCCGGACCCCGGCCGCCGGAAUCCUCCGGGGGAUGGCGGCGAGGGGACCAGCGGCGGCUGCUCCUCCCACGGCCAUAGACACCACCAGCACUGAUCUCCGAUUCGAGAGGCAACUUUUGAUGGGCUUCCUUGUCUACGCGUGAAGUGGCUAAACAUUACUUCUGUGUGUCAAAACAUUAGGUGAAAGUGCACUCGAACUUGCAACGGAAUGAGCCUUAUAUAGCAAACUGUAUUAUUGUUUCCAUGUGAUCCAGUGUUAUGAGAUGUAUAAAUGCUGCACCUGUUAUCAUUGAUUCCGUGACUUCAAAGAUUGCCAGGUUGUUUCUGGAUACUCGUUUAUGCACCUCAUUACCCUUGUGGCUCAAA